UCAGUUUGACAACUUGUCUUUUCGUAGUUUUUGUUAAAGAAAAAUGUCGUACGUGUUUAUUUAUUUCUACAAAAGUUAUGUCUAACAACAAAAAUGAGUUUGACACGGUCGUGGUGGUGAUCGCCAUCGUCGUAUUUGCGUUACCAUUGACGCUUCUUAUUCCAGACUUCUCCGUGUGGGACUUGGUGCCGAAGGUCCGGGUCAUCAGGUUCCAUGUGGUUCAGCAGCACCUGACCUGGCCGCAGAUCAACGCUAUAGUUGUUACGCUCCUGAUUUUAUUCUUCUGUAUCUAUCUCGAAAUUCGUAAGCGGAAUUUGGACGACAUGGUAGAAAAAGUGCUGACCGUGAGUCAAGCUACAGACACAGCCAUGUUGGAAGAAAAGAACCGUCAAGCUGCGGCGUUGCGUUUGUGUGUGGAGCUCCUGGACGUGUCCGCGGAGCACUACGAGCACCUGGUGCUGCUGCGAGACGAGCUUAGCAGGAAAGAUAAGCCUCAGCGCCCGCCGGUCAUAGAGCCUAGCGGAUCCAUGUUGUGAUUUUUGGCGUAUUAAAUUAUUGUACAGUUGCGUUGUCUAUAAAAAUGUUAAUUAGUGACUAAAGUAAGUGUUAAAUUAUUAACAUAUUCACCUGUUCGUCCAUUUCUUUCUCUAGUCUUCUCCGCGGUGUAACUUGCUGGGAACCGAAUAAUUUAUAAGGAUCUUUCAGAAUCUGUCGUCGUCUUGUGUUUAUGAAUUGUAAUUUAAACUUUAUAAAACUCUAAGUAGAUACAUUAUAAAUGCAUUUUAAAUAAAUUUUGAACAAAGCUAAAAUAAAGCUAGAUAAAAUGGUACGACAAAACUAUUGCACUUGAUUUUUAUUCAACGCUUUGUUCUAGAAGUGUUCAUUAGAGCAAGUGUCUCCAGGGUCCCGUGGGACAUUGUCGACGUUAAAAAACCAAUCUGGAGCUAGCAAUUAUUGCAAAUGAUCUAAUUAGAAGCCGAGACGGUGGCUGGCAGCGCUGGCUCCGACCGCGUCAGUUCGACGGGGUUUUCACCUUGGUUACUCUAAGAUUUCACUUUAUUCUAAAAAAUUACAAAGAGGUAGAUACAAAAACAUAUACAUUGGAAACAAUGUAAAUUAAGCGAAUUAAAGUUCAGUGUUUGGAAGAGGGCUAUGUCUAGCACUGAAGGUUUUAUUGUCAUCUAGUUGUUAUAUACUUAGUUAUGUACCUACACUAUUUUAGUGUUCAACUAGAAAUCUGAGACUUAUUUCAAUUUGUCCGCUGUGAAGGGACAUCGACAAGUCACAAUGUGUUGUGUUUUACGACUCACGUUGUCGAAGUACGCUUUAUGGAUGCGGUCGUUAAUUCGUGUCUGAAUAAGCCUAGCCUAUCUUGCAAGUUUG